AAUAGAAGUAGGGAGCUUAAUUCUACUUUUCCAUUCGAGCUGCAAAAGUAAAGACAAAAUGAUUCCCGCUGGUGGACAUUGUAACAGACUCAGGCGGCCCACCCUGCCUCCUUUCUCCAACAAGACCCUGCACCACCCCUCUUUCCAGCCUCUUUACGUGGUUUCAAGCCAAGCACAUCACAACCAAACAGUCCUUCCCAUCAUCACCCCAGCAGAGCUGUUCUACACUGAUCCCACCAUGGCCUAUGGCAGGAGGAUUCACUAUUCAGUGGGCCAGUUGAAGGUCUUGGAUUGCUUCCAGCUCAACACUCCACCACCUCUAAUGUCAGCCUGCCUGGCCCCAACAGCACGUCCAGACCCUUUCAGAUCUGCACCACACCCCACCAUGGAUCUCGGUAGCCUCACCUUAAAAGUAAACAGCCCCCUCCCUCAUGUGCAGCAGAGCUGUCUCAUCCUCCAGCUCACCCAGGAGGAGGACCAGGCCGUUACAAACCUCCUGAAACUGCACCACCAGGAGGCUGGAAAAAGUGAGGAGACAAUCCAGCCGUUGCAUUCGAGUGAAACCAGUGUACGCAAUAAUGUGGGAAGAUGUUGGUCAGAUAAGGAGCUUGAGGCAGCUAAAACGCUGUUAAGGGGCUUUGGCCUGGUGGAGGAGGACAAAAUGGGGAGCAAAAACAUAGCAGGAGUCCCUUCUGACACUCUGCCAGACCUCCCUCAUGGAUCUGAGACUUUGUCUGCAGUAAUAACUCCAGAGUGCACUAAAGAGGAUAUGACAUUUUGUGAUGCCCAGAAAGAUGGAGAACAAUGCUGCAGGGAUAUUUUGUCAAAGAACAGGCCGAGUAUCUCUGAGGGUUUUCCAGAAGGGAACACACAAACACUCUCAGAGUCUGAAGGAGAUGCUGUGCACGUUCUCCUGAGUCUCGCAGACAUGGCAGUGUUGGUGCAAUGAUGGACUUUAGCUAAAGGGUUGUCUUGUCCCUGGCUUUGUUCUGGAAGGCGUUUUUACUUCCUGUAAUUAUGGAAAGAGCCAAGCUUCUUUGCACUGUUUGCCUUGAAAGUUGGACCCAGAUUUUCUGUAAAAUUUAUAUUUGAAGAAUUCCUAUUUGC